AUGCUGGGCACCAAAGCUGCCUUCUACCGCAGUCGCCGACAGCUUCAGCAACGACUGCGCGAGAUGCAGGAUGCCUGGGCUGCUCGCAAAGCUGAGGAGAUCCAAGGCUACGAGGACCGCAAGGAAUGGAAGAACUUCUUUUCUGUGAUCAAAGCUGUCUACGGUCCGCCGACUAAGGGCACUGCUCCUCUCCUCCGCGCCGACGGCAGCACUCUCCUGACUGAGAAGACGCAAAUCCUACGGCGAUGGGCCGAGCAUUUCCGGGGCGUCCUCAACCGCCCUUCCGUCAUCUCCGACGCCGCCGUCGCCCGCUUGCCGCAAGUGGAGACCAACGUGGACCUCGACCUCCCGCCAUUUCUCCAGGAAACGAUCAGGGCCGUGCAGCAGCUCUCCAGCGGGAAAGCACCUGGAUCGGAUGCAAUCCCUGCUGAGGUCUACAAGCACGGAGGUCCCCAACUGAUGGAUCACCUGACUGCGCUCUUCCAAGAGAUGUGA